AUGGCUCCCUCUUCUGUCUUUGAAGGCGACAGAAUAGUUCUGAAGUGCCAGUAUAAGUAUAAGUGGAAAAUAAUUACUGUGACUUAUUACAAGGAUAAAAAAGAGGUGUUUUUUUCAUAUGAAGUUUCAGACUUCAUCAUACAAAGUGCAGUUCUGAGGGACAGUGGCAAAUACCAGUGUGCUGUUAUGAUCAAAUCAUGGGGAACAAAAAAAGAAACUUCAAGAGCAGUAGACAUGGAAGUCCAAGAGCUAUUUCUGCCUCCUGUGCUGACAGCCAGACCCUCCUGGCCCACUGAGGGGAGCCCAGUCACCCUGACUUGUGAGACCCAGAUAUCUCGACAGAGAUCAGAUGUUCAGCUCCAAUUUUGCUUCUUCAGAGAUAGCAGGGUCCUGGGGUCAGGCUGGAGCAGCUCCCCAGAGCUCCAGAUCCCGACCAUGUGGAAUGAAGAUUCAGGGUCUUACCAGUGCCAGGUAGAGACAACAACUCACCGUGUCAGAAAAGGGAGUCUCCUGUCCCAGAUUCAAGUGCAGAGAGUCCCCAUCUCCAAUGUCAGCUUACAGACAGCGAACCCUGGGGGACAGGUGAUUGAAGGAGGGAGUCUCAUCCUGCGGUGCUCAGUGGCGGAGGGCACUGGAAACAUCACGUUUUCCUGGCACAGAGGGGCCACAGAUGUGGGAUCAAAGACACAGCAAUCCCUUUCAGCAGAGCUGGAGCUCCCUGCUGUGAAGGAGCUCGAUGCUGGUGAUUACUUCUGCAGGGCUGACAAUGGCCAUGAGCCCAAACAGAGCAAGUUGGUGAAUGUACCCAUAAAAGUUCCAGUGUCCCGCCCUGUGCUCAUCCUCGGAGCUCCCCCCAAGGCCGUGGUGGGGGACGUGCUGGAGCUUCACUGUGAGGCCCAGAGGGGGUCUCCCCCCAUCCGGUACCGGUUUUAUCAUGAGGACGUCAUCCUGGGAAACAGCUCAGCCCCCGCUGGAGGAGGAGUGUCCUUCAACCUCUCCCUGACCGCAGAACAUUCCGGAAACUACACUUGUGAGGCCGACAAUGGCCUGGGGGUCCAGCGCAGUGAGCCCGUGGCACACCUCAUUUCAGGGACUGAUGCCUAUGGAGGAGACCCCAUCAUCGCCAGAGUUCUUGGAACUCUGUCUGGCAUCCUUGGUUUCAUUGCUGUUACUCUGCUGUUUUAUUGUCAUCCUAAGAUAGCAGUGGACCCUGUAGGCAUGGAUGUGGUUUAUUCCCAGGUCUUAAGCAUCCAAAAUCCAGAAGGGUCAGACCUCAUGGGUCAUCACCCUCAUUUCAACCUUCCUGGUUGGGAAAGAAGUCCUCCUUUUGGCAAGAAAGACUCUCCCUUCCCUGGGGCAGGCCAGGUCCCCAUGCUUCUUUGGCUGCUGCUGAUCCUGGGUGAGUCCAGGGGUUGGGCUGGACAGGUUCCAAAGGCCUUUCUUCAUCUCGACCCUCCAUGGUCCACUGCCUUCAAAGGAGAGACAAUGACCCUCAGAUGCGAGAACCCUCAUUCUUCAGCCCAAGAAGUCAUAUCUUGGUAUUCUGGCAAUAAGUUGUUGGAAAUUAAAUCCAAAGAAAUCAGAAUAAGACAUUCUGGAAUUUACAAAUGCAAGACCCAGGGGUCUUUACCCAGUGACCCUGUGGUUAUCGAGUUCUCAUCUGCCUCGCUGAUCCUGCAGGCUCCAUACCGUGUCUUUGAAGGAGAGGAUCUAGUGCUGAAUUGCCGGAUGAGGGAAGAUAGUACUGAUGAAAAAAUAUACUACAAAGAUGGAGAAAGACUUGGCACUUCUAACUCGGAGUUCAAAUUGAAAUCAGUGUCUACAGGCAACAGCAAGUACCACUGUGGAGUACCAUGUAACGUUCUUAAAAUAUUUGAAAAAAUGUCAAACCCUCUGCAGGUCACAGUUCAAGAGCUGUUCCCACCUCCUGUGAUAAUAGCCAGCCCUUCCCUACCCAUAGAGGGAAGCUCACUCACCCUGAAAUGCCAAACUCAGCUGCCUCCACAGAAGUCACACAUUCAGCUUCAAUUCAGUUUCUUCAAAGAAAAUCAGGCCCUAGGGUCAGGCUGGAGCAGUUCCCCGGAGCUCCAGAUCCCCACCGUGUGGAGUGAAGACUCUGGCUUGUACUGGUGCCAGGCACAGGCCACAACUCACAGAAUCCUCAAGAAAAGCCAAAAAGCCUGGAUUCAAGUGAAGAGAGUUCCUGUGUCUGAUGUGAGUCUAAUGGUCCAGCCUCCCAAGGGGCAGCUGAUCGAAGGAGACAAUCUGAUCCUUAUCUGCUCAGUGGCUAAAGGUACAGGGACCAUCACAUUCUCCUGGCACAAAGAGGGCACAUCAAGUUUGGGGAGAAAGACUCAGCGUUCCCUGUCAGCCAAGCUGCAGAUUCCCUCUGUGACAGAGCAUCAUACGGGGCGGUACUACUGUUCAGCUGACAACAUUCAUGGCCCUGUACUCAGCAAAUGGAUUACAGUCACACCCAAAAUUCCAGUGUCCCGCCCUGUUCUCACACUCAGGACUCCCCGGGCCCAAGCCAAGGUAGGGGACGUGGUGGAGCUUCACUGCAAGGCCCAGAGGGGGUCUCCCCCCAUCUUGUACCGGUUUUAUCAUGAGGACGUCAUCCUGGGAAACAGCUCAGCCCCCGCUGGAGGAGGAGUGUCUUUCAACCUUUCUCUGACAGAAGAACAUUCUGGAAACUACUCCUGUGUGGGUGACAAUGGCCUGAGAGCCCAGCGCAGUGACACUGUGACUGUCAACAUCCUAGUUCCAGUGUCCCACCCUGUGCUCACCCUCUGGGCUGUGGAGGGGGAUGUGGUGGUGCUUCACUGUGAGGCCCAGAGGGGGUCUCCCCCCAUCCUGUACCGGUUUUAUCAUGGGGACAUCACCUUGGGAAAGAGCUCAGCACCCACGGGAGAAGGAGGGUCUUUCAACCUCUCGCUAACCACAGAACCUUCUGGAAACUACUCCUGUGAGGCUGACAAUGGCCUGGGGGCCCAGCGCAGUGAGACGGUGAACCUCCAGUUCCCAGUGUCUUCUAGGAGCAAAAUCAGCUAUGUCACAGUGGGGGUCGCGGGAGGCCUGCUGAGCGCCCUGGGCAUCGCAGUUUCUGCUGUUCUGGUGGGUCGCUUCAGGACCUGGAAACGGUCAGUUCUCUUUCAACUGAUGCUGGAUGAUUAUUCUGUCAAAAAGGCCAGUAUCUUGCUUUUCAGCAGCAUCCUGCGUUGUGCUGACUGCCUCACCAUCCUGUUUCUGUAUCAGUGUGGUGUUGCUGAUGCAACAGAUAGGCCCCUAGCUUUUUAA